AUGAGGAGAGCAUCUUCGACAUGGCUGCUGUUUGCAUGGACAUGCCUUCGUGCCCAUUCCCUUUGGCAGUCGCGCGACAGGUCAGUCACAUCACUCGGCUCUCUCCAGGUUGAGAAGUCUAGCGACUCCGGCGAACCACUCGUGCAGCCCGCGCGGGUGAAUUCCACAGCUGCCCAAGCUGACGGAGCAUGUGUACCGCCGUUCAUGGCGGGCAACUCUAUGUACCUCACGGCCAUGGGCUCCUCAAUUGCUGGUGGGCAGUGGGGUGCGUGGCAGCUAAGCGAUGACCCAGACUCCCCCUCGACGACAACCUGGAAGUUAGACUUCAUGGCCCCCGAUUGGCAGACGCUACGUUUCUCCAGCGACUCCGGGCAUUUGUCUGCCGUAACCAAGCCAAUGGCAAAGGCGGAGUUGGAAAAGCAGUAUGGCUGGGUUCCUGCAGCAUCGAGAGGUAGUGAUGGCUUCGGUGAAAAAGGCUGGGAAUUCAUGGAGGACUUGAGGGCGCCAGCUAUCGCCUUUACCUACGAUUCGCUGAACUUCUCGAACAACUAUUCAGUCGCCAAAGAUCCCGACGGCUAUCCUCCGACUUUCACGGCUUCACCGUCUCUGCGAGAAGCCACCAUGGAUCCAUCCAAGUGGCGGUAUUGGGUUGCCACAGAUUGCCAGGAUGCUCUAGCCGCCGUCUUCCGAGUGGAAGUCACCGAGGGGCAGCGGCCUGGAAGAAUCAUGAUCUACAACAAGGAUGGGGAGAUUGUCACUCAAGUUCUGGCUGAUCCUGUCGUCGUCCCAUCCUCAUUGUGCACAGCAGUUGCCAGGUUUCUGUCCAGAGAGGGCCGUGGACACAUUCACUUUGGCGUUCCGUCUGACAUGCCCCCUUCAUGCUCCCAAAAAGCUUCUCUUUCCGCUGCCAGCUCAGAGAGCUCGAGCUGGAGCGAGUCCGCUCUCGCUCUUCGAUGCUCGCUGAGCCAACGUAGCUUCGGGCCUUUCGCGGCCUGCGCCGUGCGGUGGCCGCCGGUGGAGCUGCCGGUAGAGCCAUCGGCGGGCUUGAGAGACGCGGUCAGGGUCCCGUUCUCGAGCACGGUAGAGGAAGCGCAGCCGAGCCUUUCUGCAGGUUGCCAUGGCUGCCAGGCUGAGAUGCUUGGCCUUUCUCUGCCUCGGCCCAAGCUGUUCCGAGAUCCGAGAGCAGAAUUGGAUCAACAGACAAUCAUAUUCUGCACUGCGGGCAGCAGUGCGGUCAUCGUGACGCACUGCGAAUGCAUGUCAAAUAGUUGCUUUGGGUCCUCUGGAAAUUGCUUUACAGGCACAAACCGGUCCUCCACGUUUGACGUGCCGCGGGACGGUUCCGGAGCUCCACGGGCGGUGACGAUGACAUUUGGCAGUGGGAUGAUCUAUGGAGUUGUUGGCACGGACGUCGUGACCGUCGGCCAGGAAUCUGCUACGAUGAAUGGCAGUGUGAUUUUCAUGUAUGACCAUGAGCUUGACACUGCCAUAUCUGACUUCGAAGGCAUUUUCGGUCUCGGCCUCCCGUACAAAGAGGCUGACAUCUAUGCUUCAAGCCAGCAGUCUUGGCUGGUCACUGCGUCAAUUCAGCGAUUUUCCAUGUGCUUCUCCAAUAUGAAGGAGGAUGGCAUGCUACGCCUCAACUCCCCGGCACAAGCAGAAACACUUGGCAACCUUGGAAAGUUCCAUUGGGGCGUCGAUUUCCGGGGCCUGUCCGUCGGCGAUGAGAAGGCGGAGAUUAUUCUGUGCGGCGAUGACGAAAAGAAGGACAAAAAGACCGCUUGCGGCCUGAUUCCCGACUCGGGGACUACUCUGAUCCUCGCACCCAGCCGCCACCUCUGGACGCUCUAUUCGAAGUUGUGUGAUAUGUGGCCGCGCUGCAGCAAGGCCUUCGCUGAAGACAAGGCGUCCAAGCCCUCCGAAGAGCAGUCAGAGCCGUCCAUGGGAAGCAGAAUCGGAGACUGGAUCAAGAGCACACUGGAGAAGUGGGGCAUUCCAGAGAUUCACAUCACUAAUCCGUUCGACUUGGACCCAGCCACACAGCUAAAGUUGGACAAGAAGGAACGGUUCGAGUCCUUACUUGCAGACUGUGCAUCCUGGUCAAAAGAUGCGGCAGACUUAGAUCGUGAAAUGCCGGCCAUUUUUUGGCAUGUGGCUGGAGUGGAGGGCAAGACUCAGACUUUCAGCUUGCCACCGAGUACCUAUGUAGUUGCGACCGGAUUCAACGACCAAAUUAUUUGCAUGCCCUUCUUCGGAGAGUACGAGUACGAGACUGUCCAAAACGGGCCUAUCUGGAUCAUGGGCACGCCGUUGUUCUAUGAGUACGAAGUCCAUUAUGAUCUGUCCACCGAGCCCCCGAGCCUGUCAUUCUCGAAGACAUCAUGUGGGUCAUGCGGGCAAGACGGCAAAGCCAUACCCGCUGUGGAUCUAUUGAGGAGGAGGAAUCAGCAGCUUCGCCGACAUGAUGCCAAGGUUCGCAUGCCGCAGAUGAACACGAGCCUUCCGUUGUGA